CAAAAAAUAACAAAAAAAAAAUUACACACAAAAAGUACAACAAUUAGCAGUGGUAGUACAUGUCCACCAACUAAAACAACAACAACACAAAUGGUCUGAGAUUCCAUACACAACAAAAAAAUAUUAUUUUGUAUAAAUAGUUUUCCAAGCUGACCAAUCGAUAUCAGUUGUCUUCCAUUCAACCGUCAAUUACAACCCUAAACCUUUUAACAUGGCUAAAUUCAUGCAAAUCCUUUUCGUUGCCUUCUUGGCUAUUGCUUUGGUCUCCGCUGAGGCUCCCCGCAGACGUUUCCAGGGAAGACGUAAUCGUUUUUUGGCCCGCCAAGAAGUGGCUGAGGAAGCUGUCACUCCCUACCCAUCGGCUGAUGAAUUGAAACCUGAAGUGCCAUUCAAUGAAGCUGAAGCUCCCGAACAAAUUACUCCAAAUCAACCCGAUGAAGUCUAUGGUCCUCCAGAACAGGAUUUGCCUGCCGAAACUGAGGAUGUUGUCCCAACUGCCGAAGAAGAAGAGGAAGCCGUUGCUGUAGCCGAAGAGGAAGAAGCUAUUGCUGCUGAAGAAGCUGCCGCCGAAGAGGAGGAAGCUGUUGAAUCUGCUCGUCUGACAGCCCGUCGUGCUGGUGCUCGCAAAAGUGCCGUUCGUGCCGCCAAACUACGCAAAGCUGCCCCAGCCCGUCUCCAACUCCAGCGUCAAUUUGUCCCACAACCCAUCUUCUACUACGUUUCCCAAUAAUCUGCCCGAUGCCGUUGAUAUUGGCAGUGUAAUGCUCACUUUCAUGUAUUGAAAAUUCAUAUUUUAUUAUUUUCAUU